UUGCCAUGCCAAAGAAUGAAUGUCAACCAUUAAUGUUGUUAAGAAACUUCACCUUUAACUAAGUUCCAAAGCUUGGCUUGAAAUCACAAAUUCUGAGAAAAUGGAAAUCUCUACAUUUUACAUGUCUCCUUCUACGCCAUUUCUAAAGCCUCAGAAACCUCUAAAUCAAAUUUUUACCUGUAAAUUAAAUGCGCAUUUUCAGCAUUUUGCUUUUCACAGGCCAAUUAAUUGCUCAAUUCACAAAACUAGUACUCUCAUUUCUUCGCCUUCGUUUUCAAGCUUCAAUAGAAACACGUAUCGAUUCGCUCUGCUCAAAGUUAGGGCUGUGACGGAAAAUGCUGAAAGAUCUGAGGGUUCAAAGCCUCGUGAAUUGGCACAGACUCUGCAACUGGGCGCUAUGUUUGGAACGUGGUACCUUUUGAAUAUAUAUUACAACAUUUACAAUAAACAAGUUCUCAAGGUUUUUCCAUUUCCGGCAACUGUUACAGCAUUUCAAUUUGGCUGUGGAACAAUGCUGAUACUAUUUAUGUGGGGAUUUCGUCUCCACCCUAAACCCAACAUCAGUAAAUCUCAAUUUAAAGCAAUAUUUUUACUAGCUGCAGUUCACACAUUGGGAAAUCUUUUAACGAACAUCAGUCUUGGGAGAGUAGCAGUUUCCUUCACUCACACAAUCAAAGCAAUGGAACCAUUUUUUACAGUACUUCUUUCGGCCCUGUUUUUUGCAGAGAGGCCAUCUCUUUGGAUUGUAUCUUCCCUGAUUCCCAUUGUUGGUGGAGUAGCAUUAGCAUCAAUGACUGAAGCCUCUUUUAAUUGGAUAGGCUUUGGCAGUGCAAUGGCUUCCAAUUUGACUAACCAAUCACGUAAUGUAUUUAGCAAAAAAUUCAUGGUUAAAGAAGAGGAGGCGUUGGACAAUAUCAACUUGUUCUCUAUCAUUACAAUCAUUUCAUUCAUCCUUUUGGUUCCUGUUGCCAUUUUGAUGGAAGGGAUCAAGUUUACUCCAUCCUAUCUACAAUUUGCUGCAAGCCGGGGUUUAAAUGUCAGAGAACUAUGUGUGAGACUUCUUUUAGCUGGAUUCUGCCUUCACAGUUACCAACAGGUCUCAUACAUGAUACUACAAAUGAUAUCACCAGUGACACAUGCAGUUGGCAAUUGUGUGAAGAGAGUGGUGGUCAUUGUAUCCUCAGUCAUCUUUUUCCAAACACCUGUCUCACCAAUUAACUCUCUUGGGACUGCUCUAGCUCUAGCUGGAGUCUUUCUAUAUUCAAGAGCAAAGAGAUUACAGCCCAAGCCAAAAGUUGCAUGACAAGUGAAGAAAAGUAUCAAGUCUGAAUUUGCAACUCUGUAAAGAAUAGGAAAAACUCUCAUUAGGAUAUAUUCAUUUCAAUCUUUUUAUACCUUUGAUUAUUGUUAAUGCAGUCCUUUCUCAUGCCCCUUUGAAUUCCACAGCAAUAGCGAGGUCUAAUUCUGAAAA